AUGACCCGUUAUACAUCGCGUACCUCGACCUUAUCUCCCACUGUUGGUGAUCAGGAGGGACAAAAAAGGCAGUUCGAUAUCGACAUCAAUACCGAUGAUGGCUAUACGCUUUCAGCCUUUGGCGAUAUCUCUAUCUUCGACGGAUUCUUCAUCUUGACAUCAACCUCACUGGUCGAUGUCGAUGUAGGGUCCAGCCGCCGCCGUAUCAGAACUCGCCGCCCACCGAUGCCGCGUAAAUUCUCUUCCAGAUCAGUUUCAGAUUAUGAGGAAACAGCUCGAGAGUAUCCCCGAUUUCCCUUUCCUGACCUACCAACUCCUACCUCUCCAUAUUCAGCGGAGGCAGAAUUUGAGGCUCUCUUCCAGAGUCUCAAAUCUCACCGAGCGUCCUACACAGCGCCAAGCCAUAAUCUUGCUACUAGAUCAUUGGCUGGCAAACCAACGUUACGAGUGGAGACGUCGGGUCUCAGCGACAGGAGGAUACCACUCAGAGGGUUUUCUAGGGCAUCGAACUCUGGGGCCUCGCCUUCUCUCGGUGCGCUACCUAGGCAAUCUCCCGGCAUCGCGUUGUCGGCAUCGCCGAUUCACCGAGAGACGAAAUAG